UAUUUACAUAGAGACUGCUCUAGCCUAUGAAAGGCACCAGGGGCAUCUCAUGAUAUAUAUAUAUUCAGGGGCGGACUGACAACUCAUGGGGCCCCCGGGCAAUAGGGGAUCAUGGGGCCCCUGUGUCCCAGCCCACACUCAAACACACCCAAAAAAGCCUAUGAAAGGCACUAGGGGCGUCUCAUGGGGCCCCCUACUGACCCCAGGCCCUCGGGCAGUGCCUGAGUUCCCAAAUGGUCAGUCCGCCCCUGAAUGG